UCGCAUCCCAAUCCCGCACACGCCACUGGCUGCUGAGCCGCCGCUGCAGUCGACACACCUCACGUCCCACGUCGUUCUUCCCCCCUGUCUCCAAAUCCCACAUCCACACGCCCUCAUCCCUCCCCUCACCCACGCGUCCUCACACUCUCUCCUCACACACGCCUCACUCCUGAGGCUCCUCGCCGCUGGCAAUUGACUGGACUGGACUGGGCUGGACUGGACUGAACUGGACUGAACUGCACUGGCUUGGACAGUGGGCUACCCUAGACUACGAGGAGAGGAGUGUACUAUGUAGGAGGAUGAAGAGGAAGAUGGGGAGGAUGAGGACGAGGGAGUGUGGAAGAGAGAGAGAGAGAGAGACAGAGAGAGAGAGAGAUAGAGAGCGAGAGACUAGCAAGCCCAGCUCACUCACACCACCCACCUAGGUAGACAGGCAGGACAGAACAGACAGGGUGGAUUGGCACCGGUUCGUUCGUUCGUUCGUCCGUUCGUCUGUUCCCUUUUUUGCCCUCCUCCACUGGACCCGCCCGCCGCCUCGCGCGCCCAUCCAUUCCUUUUCCUUUUCCUCCUCUCUUGCCCCCAUCCCUCCUUCUUCCUCAUCCCAUCUAUCUCCUCAUCGUCAUCCUCGUCGUUCACUUCUUCCACUUCCCCCACUCCCUUUUUUUUUCCUUUCCUUUCCACAGUCACUCUCUUGAAAUAAUUCAACCACAAACUCACCUUCCGAAUCCCGUCACUCCUUUCCGGGCAUUCCCAUUACGUUCCUUCCUGUCUGGUUGAAUUUUACACAGUCGUUCCUCGCGAACCCACGACACUAUUCACACAUCUCACUCCCUGAUCCACCUGUUGGAUCUCGGACCACGCUCCUUAGCAUAUUUGGCCUCACGAGGCUCCUUCUAUACUUUCCCUGGCCCUACGGCAUCCUCUUUCCCCCUUUACACCCUACUUGUUGUCGCUUUCAAGCGUCUUCGAGAUCCACCGAGUCCUCCCUCUCGAAAUCCCCGAUCACCUUGCCGACGCGACUUACACCGAGACAACUCGACUGGCAAACCACCCGUCCCGUGAUUUGAUCACCAUCGCACCACGUAAAACAGAAAAAGCUCCGCGAUCAACCACCUCGAUUUUAUUCUACCGAACGAAGAAAACGAGAAGCAUACCAGCCAUGGCUACUGAGGUCGAACACCAGAUGGCUCUCGCCCCCAACGCCUCGACCCCCGGUUCUUCCACUCCUCUGGACACCUCUCCCACGUCCGCCGGCAAGAUGAACCAAACUCCUUCCCCCUCGGCCUCCACCCACAACGGCCAGGCCCCGUCCUCGCAAUCUAGGCGCCCGCCUCGCAAGAGCACCCUGACCCAGCAGCAAAAGAACCAAAAGAGACAACGCGCCACUCAGGACCAGUUGACGACCCUGGAGAUGGAAUUCAACAAGAACCCGACCCCUACUGCCACCGUUCGUGAGCGGAUAGCGGAAGAAAUCAACAUGACCGAAAGGUCCGUCCAGAUUUGGUUCCAGAACAGACGCGCCAAGAUUAAGCUUUUGGCGAAGAAGAGUCUCGAAACUGGAGAAGACAUUGAUUCCAUUCCCGAAUCCAUGCGAGCCUACCUCGCUAUGCAGGCAAUGGAGUCUGGCAAGGGUCUGGGCGGCCCCUUCCUCGGCCGAACCGGGCUUCUCCCAUACGGCCACAGCAACAUGCUCAUCGGUGGUGAUCAGAGCGGCCAGGGCAAAGUUUUGAUUCAUCACCUCACCUGCCGCUCUCUUAGCAUCGGCAAGUGGACUCGCGUCGGACAGAACACGAUGGAUCUCAUCAUCUUUUACUCCCCCGACAAGUGUACCAUGACAUACUACAUCAACAACGAACAAGCGGGCUACAAGAUCGAGUAUCCAUUUGCCUACAUCAAGAACAUCUUCCUCGAGAACCAGGAAGGCGACCCCAACAAGCCCGGCGGCAUCGUCAUCGAGCUGAACCGUCCUCCCAACUUCUUCAUGGACUCGUCCCCUCAGGCGAACGGGUUUUUCCAGUGCGGCGACUUCACCGAGGACCAACAGGCUUCUCAGUGCCUCGUCCAUCACCUUGGCGGCAACCCUAAGGUCCUCAGCGGCCAGCUGGCCAAGCUCGUGUCCCUUGAGGCCUUCAUGAACCGCAACAACCCUCACCCCUUCAUCGACCAGCAGCACGCCCUUUCUGUUUCGGCGCCCGUGUCGCCCACUGGACGUCCUUCGUCCCAGCCCAAUUUCGCUCAGCCGCACAUCGGCAUGUUCCAGGAGUCUUGGGGCAUCAACAGCAUGCACCCUGGCAUGCGUGGUCCCGGUCACAAGCGCCAGCGAAGUCGCUCCGUGCCCAUGGCCGUCGACUUCUCCAUGCUGCAGACGCCCAUGCCCUCGUUCUACAUCCAGCAGCCGGGCGAGAUGGCUGCUCCCCAGACCCCCGGCCCCAAUAUCUACGCUCCGAUUCCCCAGCAGCCUGGUGGUCUUGGCCCAAACUUGAGAAUCGACACGCAGGCUGGAUUCGGCUUGGACAUGAGACAGUAUCCCAUGUCGGCAACAACCGCUUCCCCCUCCGAGUUCCCGACGAGCCCCAACUUCUUUUCCCAGGGACCAGAGCCGAGCCCACUCCCGGCGUCAAGCUACAACACGCCCUAUGGCAGCGCUUUCCUCUCUCCGAUGGCGAACCCUUCACCAAACAUGAUCCCGCCAUCCGUGUCUCCUCUUUCAUUUGGAAGCCACCACGGGGAGCCGUCCAUCGUUGAGCAGUCGCCUCCGUUCUCCAUGCCUGGCAGGUCAGCCUCGGCCGACAUUUACCACCAAGGCGACAAUGGAUCGUGCGCCGUAUCCGAUGAUGGCACUGGCCUGAACGAAAUGUACUCGAAGCACACCAUCAACCUGCCGAUGCAUCCCCACUCACCAGCAUAUGGCGACCAGGGCCAGAACGACCUCGACAUGAACCAACUGGUUCAGUUUGACCAUGUCGACCCCAACUCAAUGUCCCCCGAGUCGAUGCACCAGACGCCUCACUGAGUCGUUCUGACGGUGGCCUGCAGUGCCCUGAGCGUACCAGCACUACCGACUGGGGAGCUCCUCGGGAUGGGACUUGGCGUACAUACAAACUUUUGGGGCGUGCUCCCAAUGCUUUCUACGGGAGGAAAGGGGGAGUUGACUUGCCUUUAGUCAUUCACAGCUGGCGUUUAGGCGCUUGAUAUAUACCAGAUGGGUUGCGAUUGGUCUACUUUCAACACCGAUGACUACGAUGCUUGAUCCAGUUCUUGCUCCUCAUUCAUCCAUCGGCCACGACGACUCUGCAUGACGAUACCUAUCUUCGGAAUCUCGAUCAUGCAUGUCCGGCACACGCGAUCGUACACUUUGCACUUUCUUGGAUUUACUUCAACACUUUUAAGUCAUUUAUUGUCGCGAACAAACUCAUUGUGCUGCGACGGUGGCAACUUGAAUGUGUUCUACCUCGCCACCAUCAUCCUUUUUUUUUUUUUUUUUUUGCCGCGUCGACGUAGGCGGAGACGCCGACGUGGCCCCUAAUAACCUUUCCUUCAUUCUUGGUUGGCUUGCGCUGCACAUCGUUAUAUCGUUGAUGCUCUUUUUAUUCAUUUUAUUUCAUCUGUCAUCGUUCAUGAAUCUCAGACGUCUUGGCUGCGGGUUUUGGGGGGUGAUGAAAAUGGGGAAAGGCCCAGGUGGCUUGGGAUUUUUCCUGGUUCUUAAUCAGUCACACAUUUCCGAGGAUACACAACUCCGACACAUCUUUUGUCUAUCUAUCACUGUUGGGUAUUUUUCUUGGGUUUGAUGAGGUUGUGUGGAUGGGGGCAGCAGGGGCUUUGUAGCUUUUGCUUGUGUGUUACAAGCCGGCAUCGCGGCGGCGGUAGUGGAAAGCUGCCUGCAUUGGUGACCGAGCAGCGAAGAGGCUGAGCCGGCCGUUGCUCGAAAGAGACGGCCGACUUGUAAGUACUGACGAUAGAGUUGAGAGAGAGACGGGCAUCGAAAAUCCUGUUUUUCCGCUUCAUACAUGCUGGUCCUUCA